GGUUUUUUCAAGAAAGACCAAAUCACUUUAAAGACAAACUUGGAAUCAGCACAAUUAUUCACAGGCAACUACCUCUGCCCAACUGCACCGCAGCCCUGGAUAGAGUACCAGAAGAGAGAAACCAUUUUCUUGAACUCUGCUCCAUCGUGAGAUGGCGCUCCAGCUGCACUGGGACCAGUAGCUAUUUCGUUUGCUGCUAGUUCUUUGGUGGCUGACUCAAGAGGCAGUACUCAAUAAAGCAGAUCUCAUCGUAACUGUGGCAGCCUGUAUAAAGCCGGGCAGGGUGGCUCUGUUCCUCGCGAGAUACUUGCACAGGAUACUUCUGUAGUCGUCGGAUAAGCCAGGUCAACCAUUUCCUGUCACCCUUUCAAUUCUGUCUGUGGCCAGACUGACCUCCAUGCCCAUCAUCUCUAGGAAGCUUGCCUGGGCUAGCCAUGUCUAGGAUUUUGCUCACUGGCUACAGCUGCUGGUCCGGCUGACCAUGGCCCUUUCUGUGGAGACCGAGUCGCACAUUUACCGAGCUCUGCGCACUGCUUCUGGGGCUGCAGCUCACCUCGUGGCCCUAGGCUUUACCAUCUUUGUGGCUGUACUUGCCAGGCCUGGCUCCAGUCUGUUCUCUUGGCACCCUGUGCUUAUGUCCCUGGCUUUCUCCUUCCUGAUGACCGAGGCACUACUGGUGUUCUCUCCGGAGAGCUCACUGCUGCGCUCCCUCUCGAGGAAGGGUCGAGCCUGUUGUCACUGGGUACUGCAGCUGCUGGCCCUGCUCUGUGCACUGUUGGGCCUGGGCCUCGUUAUCCUCCACAAAGAGCAGCUUGGCAAAGCCCACUUCGCCACGCGGCAUGGGCAGGCAGGGCUGCUAGCUGUACUGUGGGCAGGGCUGCAAUGUGCAGGUGGUGUUGGGCUGCUGUACCCCAAGUUGCUGCCCCGAUGGUCCCUGGCGAAGCUCAAACUAUACCAUGCCACUUCUGGGCUGGUGGGCUACCUGCUGGGUAGUGCCAGCCUCUUGCUGGGCAUGUGCUCACUGUGGUUCACUGCCUCUGUCACUGGUGGAGCCUGGUACCUAGCUUUAUUAUGCCCUGUUCUUACCAGCUUGGUCAUCAUGAAUCAGGUGAGCAAUGCCUACCUGUACCGCAAGAGGAUCCAGCCAUGAGCUCUUCCAGGCCAAGGGGAAGCUAGAUUUGCCCCUCAGGAUAGGUGCUGGGGCUGGGAACCUCCUGGACUGUCUGCUGAUUGGGUCAGGGGAUACUUCAGGCAUUGGGGCAGUCACAGAAAACCCACGUGUGACAUUUUUGCUCCUCAUGUGCCUCCCUUUUCCUUCUCCUCUCUGCACCAUCCCAGGGGAGCAUAUGGAUCAUGUGUCUGGAUGAAAUUGGGGUUGCAAGACUGCCUCCCCAGCAAUGCAGUUCCUACUUGUGCUGGUAUAUCCAGAAAUGAUUGAGGGAAAGAAAAUAAAAUUAUAUAAAAACAUUGAUGGGAGCAGCAGCCCAGAGUUGCUGGUCAAGGAUCAAAGGGAUAGAUGGGAAACACUGCCUUCUUACUAGUAGCCCUUUAGGUCUGAGAGUGACAUGCAACUAGAUAUCACCUCCAUGUAAACCCAUCCCCAACACCGGGCUGCUUCUCACUAAUGCCUUCAGCACAAGAAAACAGGCACCUGAGCAAGGUGGGGACCUCUUCUGAAUGUUGAAAGCUCUCCCAGAAAACAGGUCCCCAAGAUUGACUGCUGAGUUUCCCAUGCUGUCCAGGGCUCUGGCAGGUCAUACAGCUAUAGCUGUGAGUGGUAAAGCUGUAUGUCCUCUCCAUCUCCCAGCUAUGGACUGUGCCAGUCUCCAGAAUAUGAUGAUUAGAUGUAGACAAUGACAGGAUGGGCUGUCUCCAAAGAUGGCAGGCACAGAGCACUCUGUCUUAGAGGUGAAUCAUGGGCAAGAGCAAUUGCUUAUGAUGUAGGGGCCUCGCCUAUCAGAUUCUCUGGAAAGGGGCAGAGAGGAUUCCCACCUGGGAACUGGAGGGAAAGAAAAAGGAGUAAAGGUCUGAGGUUAUGGUUCUGAGAAGGCUGCCUGGCAGCAGGCACGUAAAGAGAAGUGGAGGAGUGGGCUUUCUAUCCAGGUACAGAUGCCAUGG